CAUUAGUUCGUUCCAUCUUGCUUAACUGAACACAGCCUAAACGAUGUCUGCGGAAGAAGGUUUUGAGCAGUUUGAGGAUGAGGAAACGGAUAUUCCUAUCGGCGGAACUCUGCCCGGUGGAAGAAAACGUUUGUUUUCCAAGGAAUUGCGAUGCAUGAUGUAUGGUUUCGGCGAUGAUCAAAAUCCGUACACGGAAAGUGUUGACUUUUUAGAGGAUCUGGUCAUUGUGUUUAUAACAGAUAUGACACACAGGGCUAUGGAAAUCGGACGUACCGGACGAGUUCAAGUGGAAGAUAUUGUAUUUUUAGUGAGAAAAGAUCCUAGAAAAUACGCCAGAGUGAAGGAUCUUCUAACCAUGAACGAAGAACUUAAAAAGGCGAGAAAAGCUUUUGAUGAGGUUAAAUACGUAGGUAAUGUUAAAGACUAGAUACGAUUGUGAGAUGUUAUAUUUUACAUAUUAGGAAGUGUAAAACAAUUUAUAAGUUUAUGUUAAUCUGUUUGGAUUUUUUGUAUGCUUAAGUUUACUUGAAGUAGAGCAUGAUAUUGAUUGUUUAUAAUUAGCUUUUAUAUAUGCAAUUUGGUUGAUGUUUAUGUAAGUUAAUGUCUUGAGGAAAGUAAACAAAGAUUUUUGUUUUUGUUUAUUGCUGGACAAAUGUCACACUUUUGAAUAUACAUUACUUCAGUCUCUUUGUGCUUUUUGCAGCUAUUUUUGUAUAUCAAAGAAAUCUUGCAAAGGAUAUGUUUUAAUAGGGGGAUUUAAGGAAAAAUUACAGUAUAUAUUAAAUUAAACAAUUUUUAUUAAGCAAAAAUAUAACGUAUUGAGACUUGUUACAUUGUGUGUGUGUGUGUGU